AUGAGGAAGAAACCUCUCUCCACGCUGUGUGAAUGCCCAGCGCAUGCAGGACAAAGGCGGCUUCUUCUGGGCUCGGUAUUUCUCGAGCCCGAGCAGGGAAUCACUCAUCUCCGUACUCCUCCUUUUCAUCCAAGUUCUAAUGGACAAGCGGAACGUUUCGUCGACACCUUCAAGCGAUCACUUUCAAAAAUCGAAGCAAAGGGGAAAGUCAAGGAACAUCUUUGGAUCUUUCUUCAAUAUUAUAGGUCAACUCCAAAUCCUAAUGUUCCAAAUCAUGUCUCCCCAGCUGAAGCUUUGUUUGGAAAAUCAAUGUGGACGACUUUAGAUCUUUUUAGGCCCACAGAGAAUUUGACUCUUCAACUUAAGAAGUCAGACAAAUCUCUAUCUAAACAAAAGCAAGAGGAACAGUACAAUCGGAGACAUGGAGUGAAAUCCAAGAUUUUUGAACCAGGAAUGAAAGUUUACGUUCAAAUUCACACUUACAAUAAAUGGUCUUGGAUUCUUGGAGAAAUAAUCGAAAAAGUUGGAAGAGUUAUCUACAACAUUUUGGUCAAUACCCGAAGUCGAUUGGUUUGA